AUGAUUGGUAGCAGAACAAAAAUCGAUAGAGGCAGGACAGUGGCUGGCCGACAGCAAGGGAGCCUCUUUCAGGGCUUGUCGGCGGCUAUGGGUAAUCUAAAAGAGAAGGACUUUGAUAUUAGAAAGGAAGCCGGGGAGAAAUCCUUUAGAGCCAUCGUGAAAGAGUUCACUGCACCAGUGACAAAUAACUUUCUAGAAAUUCAUUUCUUUUGGUCUGGAAAGGGUACCUGCUGUGUGCCAACUCCAGACUAUUAUGGCCCAUCCAUAUCAGCUAUCAGUGUAUAUCCUUUCGACUUCAGCCCUACUGUCAGCAAUAAACCGCCAUCGACUGAUUCAACAAAUAAGAGGACAGGUCUAGUCAUUGGCAUUGCAGCUGGUGCUGUGGCAUUAGUCCUAUUUACUCUUCUUGUCAUGUUAAUACGUAGACAGAGGAGAAGAUUAGGCAAGGAUGAUGAUGAAGAUCUGUUGGAAAUUUGUGCCAGACCAGACACUUUCACCUAUAUGGAACUGAAAUCUGCUACAGAUAAUUUCUGUCCUAGUAAUGAGCUAGGAGAGGGUGGAUUUGGUCGUGUGUUUAAG